AUGUCAGAAUCCGUGUUUGUGGGUCUGUGUCGUAAACUUGGGACCUCACAACUGGUGGCCAUGAGGAGAGAUGUGCUGGAUAUUAUGUAUUUGGUGAUGAAUCAUAGUGCGAUAGAUGAAGAGAAUAAAGCGAUGAUAAGUGGAAGUUACAGAGAAGGAUUCAGACUAAAAACAUCGGAUAUAGAUUUUAUGGCCUGGCCUAAUCAUCACCGUGUGAUCUGGGAUUUAUAUCAGUCUAGGUUUUACAACAUGCACAGACAAUCACUGAUUGUGUGUGACUCUUCUGAUAGUCCACCAGGUUUCACUUUGUUAUAUCUACUGUCACCAAACACCCGCCUGAAUAUCUAUGAAGCUUUUGUUAGAAUAAAUAAUAGAUAUUAUAUAUCUAGUUCCAAAUACAGACAUAUCAUGGCCUCUACAUCGUCAUGCAAUACCAAACCUCAUGGACCCUGUGCGAGUGUAGUUAUUGGCGCCACUGAAUUUGACCAAGUCCACUGUUUUUUAUGUGACUUUUGGCCUCCACCUGCCUCUUCAUUCAGAGAAAGAUGUCGCUCAUGGCCUCAGCCUCAUAUUGUUGAUGAUAUAUUAAGAAAUGGAUGCCAUUUUGUAGCAAUAGGACACAAACUAGGUAAUCAUGCACAAAAUGAAUGGAGAAUUUCUUUCUCUGUGGCCGAACAAAAACUUGUUAAUGCAAUGAAUCACUGUCAGUUUUUAACGUACGGCUUGCUUAAAUUAUUCUUGACAGAAGUAGUUAACUGUCAACUAGAUGAUGGUGAUAAAUUACUGUGUUCCUAUCACAUGAAAACAGCAGUUUUGUGGAUGAUUCAACAAAACGCAAUAUCUCACUGGUGUCCACAAAAUAUUCUAGAGUGUUUUUGGGUCUGUUUUAAGCUUGUUCUCAAAUGGGUGUAUGAAGGGGUCUGUCCUAACUUUUUCAUUCCCGGUAAUAACAUGUUUCUGAGUGAAGUUUAUGGUGAAGCACAAAAUAGUUUGUUUGAUAGACUGUAUGGAUUCUACAAAAAGGGAUUAACAUUCCUGCUACAUAGCCCCUCCUUAAAAUCUUAUCUUAUAAAUGUCCUUCAUAAUUCCGGACCCUAUAUUCUUUUAGAUGACCAUACUUUGAAUUCUGAGCUCGCUAUCGAUUUAAAGCUAUUUGUAGAAAUAGACACAUAUGUGUGGUGUCACCCAUUAAAACCAGAAAGCAAUAUGAGAUACCUUCAUAUAAUAGAACAUACCAUAGGUUCCUCCCCCAUGUCACAGACUCAAAUGGUUGUGCUGCAAAAAUUAACGGUCAUUGUCCUUCAGAACCUUGCUUUUAUAUCACAAAGGAAGACUUCUGAGGCUGAGAACAAACUGGGGUACACAGCUGAAAAAAAAUCGUGUUAUAUGCUGAAAUUAGCUGCUAGGUGUGGUUGUAUUACUGACAUGCUUUACCUUGCCAUGUAUUUUUAUAAGACGCUUAGAUACAUGGAAGCUCUGUCUAUUAUAGAGGUGGUAAAAGACAAGUUAGCACAGCCGUAUGUGAUGCAUAACUUCAAGGUAAGGGCAAGAAAAUAUAUAGAUGCUGUAGGGGGGCGGUCGUGGUCUACAAAGAUGAGACAGACAGUAACAUGGGAUAUCAGACUUUACAAUCUAGUCCACUAUGUCGAAGAGUUGAUACCAGAGCAAAUAUCUGGUUUUCAGAACAAUAUGCCGUCCCUCUCUGUCCCACCCUUUAUAAUGUUACACAUGCUCGAAAUCUUCUGCUACAGGUUUAGAGACACAGUGAAAGCACAAAGAGCUCUGGAUGAUCUAGAGACCCUAGUCCACUAUGAUCAGGGGGUUUAUGUUGAUUUACUUCUCAGAGACAUAUCAUGGCAGAUUCUGGGGAUCUGUCAACAGGUGACAGGAAACACUCGGGCAGCUAUAUACUCGUACAAAAGAUCUCUCAGAGAAUAUCCAUUAAACAAAAUAAAAACUGCUACAGAAAUGAGAAUACAGACAAUUCGUAAUCGAAAUAACUAA